GGACCUCUCUCCUGUAGUGACUAUGGUUUAAAAACAUUCCUGCACAGUCAAGUGAUGAUAUACGCCAUCAGCAAAAUCAACCUACCUAACAUCAGCAUAGGAUACGACAUCUAUGACACUUGUGGAGACGUCGGCCUCGCCUUGAGAGCGACUCUCCAGCUGCUGAAGAAUCAGUCAGACCCACAAAGCUGUUUAGUGCCAGCAGAUGCUCAGUUUGACUUACCUGAACCCGAAACCAAGGUGGUGAUCGGGGAAAGGUACUCAGAAGUAUCGAUAGCUGUUGCACGACUUAUUGCUCUGUCUUCAGUUGCCCAGAUUAGUUAUGCAUCCACAAGUGAGCUGCUGAGCAGCAAGUUCAAGUUUCCCACUUUUCUGCGAACCGUGCCUAGUGACAAAUAUCAGACAAGAGGUAUUACUGAGCUGGUGAAGAUAUUCCACUGGAAAACAGUGAUUAUUGUGGGAAGUGAUGAUGAGUAUGGGAAAUAUGGCAGUGAUAGCCUUCAAGUCAACUUCAACAACGAGAAUAUCUGCAUUGAAUUUGUUCACAUCUUGUCUGCUGAUUUUACGACAAACAAUAAUAGCAUGAACCAAACUGAGCUGACUGAACUACUGGAAAAAAUCCAAAACUCUUCUGCUGAGGCCAUCAUCAUCUUCACAAAGGACACUAAUGCUGAAAUCAUCCUGGAAGCAGCUAUUAGACACAGAGUCAACAGAACGUGGAUUGCAAGUGAUGCAUGGUCCAGCUCUUCAAAUAUCGCUGCAAUGCAAGACAUCGAGCUGGCAGGAGAAGUUUUUGGGUUCGUAUUAAAGCAGAAAGAGGUGCCUGGCUUUAAAGACCAUGUCAUGUCGAUGUUUAAUGGAACUAAUAACACAAUUCUUAGAGAUUACCAGACGCAGCAUCUACUUUCUGUAAAUCAGUCUGAAGAAGAAAGAACGCAACAUCUGGCUUCUUACAUCGACCAGGAUGAAUCUUAUGGUGUUUAUUUAGCAGUUCGAGUCAUUGCUGAAGGGCUCAGACGCUUGCUGAAGUGUAACGACCAUCGGUGUGAACGAAGAUCCAGUUUCACAGCCUCAGAGCUUCUAUCGGAAAUCCAGAAAGUAAACUUUACUGAGAACAACACACAAAUAUACUUCAAUAGUGAUGGAGAUCCCAGUUUGGGAUAUGAUAUUGUAUACUGGAACAGGUCUGAGGGUAUAAUAAUACAAACUAUUGGAGAAUACAGUCCAGAAGGAAAAAUUACAGUCCCAACAGGCCUUUUCAGUCACCUCAUAAAUGACACGGUCUCUGUUUACAAUUGCUCAAAAAAAUGUAAACAAGGACAAGGAUUUACAUUAAAAGGAAAGUGUUGCGGAGUUUGUGUUCCAUGUGCAAGUGGAGAGAUUUCUGAUGGAAAUAGUUCAGCAUGCAAGCGCUGCACUGACAACCAAUAUUCAAUUGCUGAACAGAGGGAUCAGUGUUUCAACAAAAUGGAUGAAUUUCUCCUCUGGACCGAUCCCUUCUCAGUCAUUCUGAGCUUCCUUGCAGUUGUUGGGAUCAUUGCUACCGUUGUCUUUGCUGUUCUGUUUGCAGUAUAUCUUAAAACUCCCAUUGUGAAGGCAGUUGGAGGUUAUUUGUGCUUUCUGGAGCUUUUUGCAUUGCUGACUGGCUUCUGUCUUACAUUCACCUUCAUAGGGAAACCUACUGAGAAGAUUCAUUGUGUAGGUGUGCCUCUCUUUGGCAUAGCCUUUACCCUCUGCAUCUCUUGCAUUCUGGCAAACUUGCUUCAGAUCUUCUUGGGCUUCAAGUUUGACCUUAAGGGAAAGUCUUGGAUAAAGAAGCUGAAUAUGCCAUUGGUGGUGGUGACCAUCAUCUUUGGGAUUCAGUUAGGCCUAUCUGUGUCAUGGCUGACCAAAGAACCACCACAUCCUGACAAUAAAUCUUUAGAUCAGACUAUCCUAUACAACUGGAGGAGUGGGCGGAGCGGUGGAGGAUCCUCUGGCUGGCUGGAGCGGCAGAAAAUAACCAUCUCUGGAGAGAAUGGUCUUCUACGUGCAUACUCUCCUGGGAAUAUCAUCAUUGGAGGACUUUUCCCCAUUCACUUAACAACCAAUAGGACUAACACUUCUGGACCUCUCUCCUGUCGGGACUAUGACAUACAAAUGUUCCUCCGUAGUCAAGUGAUGAUAUACGCCAUCAGCAAAAUCAACCUACCUAACAUCACCAUAGGAUACGACAUCUAUGACACUUGUGGAGAUGUCAGCCUCGCUUUGAGAGCGACUCUCCAGCUGCUGAAGAAUCAGUCAGACCCACAAAGCUGUUUAGUGCCAGCAGAUGCUCAGUCCAAGUUACCUGAACCCAAAACCAAGGUGGUGAUCGGUGAAAGGACCUCAGAAGUAUCGAUAGCUGUUGCACGACUUGUUGCUCUGUCAUCAAUUGCCCAGAUUAGUUACGGAUCGACUAGUGAGCUGCUCAGCAGGAAAUACAAGUUCCCUACAUUUCUACGAACAGUGCCUAGUGAUGAAUAUCAGACAAGGGCUUCUCUCAGAAAUCCAGAAAGUAAACUUUACUGUGGGAACCACGCGUAUCUUUUUUAAUAGAGAUGGAG